UCGGGCUCGAGUCUCAAUCUGAUGCAUCCAGCUCUACUUAUUUCUGAAGUCCUCUUGGAUAUAUUCACGCAUGUGAAUAAAAUCCCAGGACCACCAAAUGGCAGGCAACUAUCCCUUGCAGCGCUUGCCAGGACAUGCAAAACUUUUCACGAGCCUGCGAUGGAUUUACUUUGGGCUCAGUUGAAUGGCAUAGAACCACUGCUAGGCUGUGUAACGAGGCUACACGCGAUGAUAUAUGGUCAUGUUGUAUGGUCUGACCUCAAACCAUUAUCUGAGCACGAGAUCAAUCUAUUUUUGCGUCACGCCGUCCGUGUGCGCUUGAUGCACAUAACAUCCCAUGUCCAUUUUCACCUUCUCUCAGUUCUGCCCAACGACACAUGCAUGUUCCCAAGAUUGCUGUCGUUAUCAACAAUUGCACGUCCAACUAAAUACUUGUAUCUCUUCCUGUCCCCCACGCUGCGUUGGUGUGUCCUACCGAACAUUCAUUUGGAUUUAGAAUUUAUUGUGACCCGCUGUGCUGGUUUGAGGCACUUAUCCAUCAGGAGCUUCGAUGAGAGCGCAUCAGAUAAAUUGUCACUUCUGUCCCGCAGUGUCCGUUUGUGCAGGCAGCUUGUAACUCUGUCCUGUCCGCCGCUCGACUUGGCAGCAUGGGAGCACCUCUCUAACCUCCCCACCCUGCUCGCCGUCGUGAUAACUAGGACGAUGAUCACUGUCCCUUGCCCAUUGGACCUCGUUAAUCUCAAUUUCGCAUCUUUCCUCAACCUCACGACUCUUUAUUUCUUUGUAAAAACGGCUGAAUAUCCUAUCGCAGUUAUGCAACACUCAGGAUUCCCCGCGCUGAAAAAGUUCGAGAUGGUUGUUCAUGCAUUCUCUUGGACAGAGGCUGAGCAGCUCUUUCGUGCACUGUCCCAGUGCAAAGCAUGCCAGACCCUUGAACACAUUUCCAUCGCCUCCUAUGAUCCAGACGUUCAGCAGCCCUCAGGCAACUCUUUCACAGCUGUUACACAUUUCCUUUGUUUCACGCAACUCCGUACCCUACGGCUCAUGCUUCGUCACUUCAUCUUCCUCAACAACGACCUCCUUUUGGAGGCCAUGUCAAGUUGGCCGCACAUCCGCUCGCUAGAGUUAGUGGACCGACAGAUGGCAUCUGCCGUUACAUUCCGCGGAUUGUUCACAGCACUCCGUCGAUGUCCCCACUUGCAUACACUGCAUUUAUUAUUGGACGCCCAGCAUAUCGAUAUCGAUCCUAAAGCCGAGUCAUUUCAACAUACUGCCCUACAAAUAUUGGACUUGACCUGGUCUCAUGUAGCUGAUGCUGAAGCUGUUGCUCGCAUCAUAUUCUCCAUGCUCCCCUGUGUUGACCGAGUUGCCCAAAUAGGCACCUGGUGCACCGGGUCGCGCCCCAAGGAGGAGUGGUACGAGGUGAAUAGGCAUCUGAAAUCUUUGAAAUCUUCUGCGGUUCUUGGCUGCCAUAUCACAGGAGAAGCCGCGAAGUCCUGAGCUAGUGUGGGAUACACUGAGGUCGGGGAAU